GCAGAGUCAGCACCGCGGACAGCACCACCAGCCCACCAUGGCCGCAGAGGCUCACCUGCAGGCAGCCGAGAUCUCCGCCUCGCAGUGCCUCGCUGCCAGCCGCCGACCUCUCUCUGUUGCAGGCAAUGGAUACAUGGACGGCAAGGAGCUGCAGACCUUCAUCCAGGAGCUGCAGCAGGCGCGGAAGAAGGCAGGGCUGGAAUUAACAUCUGAAAUGAAAGCUUUUGUGGACCAGUAUGGGGGAAAUGUCGAUGGAAAAAUAGGAAUAGUAGAGCUUGCUCAGAUAUUACCAACAGAAGAAAACUUCCUGUUGUUCUUUAGGUGCCAGCAACUAAAGUCAAGUGAAGAUUUCAUGCAGACAUGGCGAAAGUAUGACACUGACCACAGUGGCUUUAUUGACACUGAGGAACUUAAGAAUUUUUUGAAAGACUUACUACAGAAAGCAAAUAAGCAGAUUGAUGAUGCCAAGCUAACAGAAUACACAGAAAUAAUGCUCAGGAUGUUUGAUGCAAACAAUGAUGGAAAGCUGGAACUCACUGAAAUGGCAAGGUUACUCCCAGUACAGGAAAAUUUUCUUAUAAAAUUCCAGGGUGUCAAAAUGUCUGGCAAAGAGUUCAAUAAAGCCUUUGAGAUGUAUGAUCAAGAUGGCAGUGGAUUCAUAGAUGAGAAUGAACUAGAUGCAUUACUGAAAGAUCUGUGUGAAAAGAACAAAAAGGAAUUAGAUAUCAACAGCAUUUCAACAUACAAGAAAAACAUCAUGGCCUUGUCUGAUGGAGGAAAGCUGUAUCGAACAGAACUUGCUCUUAUCCUCUGUGCUGAAGAAAAUUAGUGACUUAUCACCUCCACUUAACUAGUGAUAUAACUGUACCUACACAAUAACUGUGCACUCUAAGGGAAUAGGCUGUACUUUCUUUUAUAUCUGUAAAUUUAAACUGCAUAUAGAUAAUUAGCCAGGAUGUGUGGCACAUUCCUUUCAGUUUGUUUCUAUACUGUUUGUAAUGUACAGUUUUUGUAACUAUAUAAGAUUGAUAAAGAGAAUGUCUAUGUUUGGGCUAGUCUGUAUAUUCAAUAAGAAGCUAAAAAAAACAAUUUUUUGCUUUGGUAAACAUGGCUGAAAGAAAAAUUAAAAAUCUGCUGAGACCAUUUUGUUCUUCAUAUCCUUUGACACCUGCAACACUACCAGGAUCUAUGUUAAGUAAAUGCUAAAGAUCUCUUUCUCAUUGUAUGACUAAAUACGGGUUUUUAAAAUGGAAAAUGAAGAAAUACUGUUUUGAAGUAGGAAAGGUGACCAGAGUGGUUUGAAUGUGAAGACUUACCAACUGUUGAGAAAUAUUUUCAGCAGUCAGACCUUGCAGAUCUUUGCGGUCUGUAGUUUAGCAUUUAAAUGCUUCUCAUCACAGACUCAUGACAUACAGUCAUAACAUGUAAAAGCAGCUGAUAUGUGGAAUAACUACCACUACCAGCACUGAAGUUCACAGAAAAUGAAAUGUUUUCCAUUGGGUUGUUUAACAUGGAUGAGUUUAAACAUGGUUCAUAGGCACUAAAAAAUACAGGCCUUUAAUCUGUCUUGGAAGCCUGGCUAAUCUGAAGAUAGUAUAGUUAGCAUAAAAAGAAUAGCAUAACAUAAAAUUUCAUGAAAAUUGCUGUGCCAGAAAAUAUGACAAUCCAAUUUCUAAACUAUUUUCACAUUUUGCAGGUUAUAAUUAUUUUAGUAACUGCUGUUUUUACAUCACAGUCUGUGUAACCUAUAAUUAAAUGUAAUAUACUAAGACUACUGUUGUCUAGUCUACUUCCUGGAUUUUUUCCUUUCAGGGAAUAGAAAAAAAAUUACUCUUUUUAAAUAGAUGCCCCUUGCAUCUCACAACAAAUGUAUAAUCUAGAAAAUUAUUCAAGUUUAAAUUAAACCUCAACUUUCUCCCCUUCCCACCAAAACAAUCUAUUUUUUGAAAUACCUAUUUGACAAAGCCAGUACUCUAGUGGGGUCCAGAUGUUAUUAUUCUGAAGGACAGUUGUUUGAAAAACAGGAACAUGCUACAUAAAUGCUCCUGUAUUUUUUUAAUUGCACUCCAUAGAUCUGCUUCUCCUUUUACUUUGCUCAGUUUUAUGCCAGCAUAUUUCCAUAGACUUAAAUGGAGUUGUUCCCAAUUUGUAGAGGGAUGAGAGAGAAAUCAUCCCUGUGUCUUAGUAUCUGUCAACCUCAGAAGUCCCCACUUAACAUGCGGUGUUUCAGAAGAAAUCCCAGGUCUAGAGAUUAUUACCACAGAUGCAAGUCCUGAAAUAUAUUUCCUGUAAUUUAGUUAUCAACCAGGGACAAAUCAGUUUUAUUAGAAACAAACAGUAAGGUCCUGAUCCUUCCAAAUAUUUAGGCACUUAUUUCCUUAAAUAUGAAUUGUGCACAUCUGCUCAAAGGUAUGUAGGUGUCUAAGUGCCUUGGGUGCUCACCAAUCCUGAGACAGUAAAUUAGGGGAUAGGAGUUAGCAAAGUGAUACUUGGUGGUGGGGUUGGGGAAAUAAUAAAUGAGAUUAAUGAUAGGUCAUUCUGACAGCUUCACUCCAGUGCCACACAUAAUGAUCUAAUUCUUUACUUGCUGAUUCACCUCUUUUCUCUAUGCAAUGUAAAAUAUAAUUGUGUAUUUUAAGUGAAGGAAGAGUAAAUAGAUUAUCUGCCUAUAGGCAUAAUAAAUGAUAAAUUCUGUUUCUUCCCUGCA